CGGUGACAAAUCUAUAUACUUAUCGGCGGACAGUGAGAAAUAACAUAGAACUUCCAACUUCUUAUGAUAUUAUAUUUUCAAUUAUUAUUGUUAUAUGGAGGUUGAAAUUGAGAAUUCAAAGUCAGUAGUAACAAGAGAAGCAAAGAAAUCAAAGGAUCUUAACAUUGAAGGGUACCAAAUUGGGGGUUUAUCCAUUGGAGGCCAUGAAACUUGCGUAAUUGUUCCCACGCUCAAAGUAGCUUUUGAUAUUGGUCGAUGUCCACCUCGUGCUGUUUCUCAAGACUUUCUUUUAAUCUCCCAUGCUCACAUGGAUCACAUUGGAGGGUUACCAAUGUAUGUUGCCACACGUGGUUUAUACCGUAUGAAGCCCCCAACAAUUAUUGUACCAAAAUCAGUUAAAGAGGAUGUAGAGAAACUCUUUGAGAUUCACAGGAAAAUGGAUCAAUCUGAGCUUAAGCACAACCUCAUAGGCUUGGAUGUAGGAGAAGAAUUUUCUCUGAGAAACGAUCUUAGAGUAAAAACUUUUCGGACUUAUCAUGUAAUACCCAGCCAGGGUUAUAUACUUUACUCUGUGAGAAAGAAACUUAAACCAGAGUAUAUUGGUCUUUCUGGAAAUGAAAUUAAGAAUCUGAAAUCAUCUGGUGUGGAGAUAACAUACACUAUGACAGAGCCAGAGAUUGCUUUCACAGGAGACACCACGUCAGAUUUCAUAAUUGAUGAAAAUAAUGCCGAUGUCUUGCGGGCUAAAGUUCUUGUAUUGGAGUGCACCUUUAUUAACAAUUCAAUUACUGUGGAACAUGCUAAAGAUUAUGGACACACUCAUUUGUCUGAGAUAAUAAAUUAUGCUGAUAGAUUACAAAACAAAGCAAUCCUUUUGAUUCACUUUUCAGCUCGUUACACAGUAGAGGAAAUUCAACAAGCUGUAAGUGCAUUGCCUCCCUCAUUAGCCGGUCGUACUUUUGCACUUACGGAAGGUUUCUGACAAAGGUAGAAGUUUUGAUUAAAUACAUAGAUGAAUGGAGUUGUUUUAUUUUCCUCCUCUAUCCCCACCUGGCACUGUUGGCUUUAUCAUUUUAUCAUUGUUGGAAAAUGUGGGAACAGUGGAAUGAAAGGAGAAAUCCACUGAUGUACUCUUCAAUUACAUAGUUUUUUUUAUCAGGGUAUUUGUAGCAAUUUUGAUGUAGUAACAAGUAAAUUUUGAUUCAUUUCAUUAAGUAAAGAAAAAGAAAAUACUUGUGUUCUUCUUGCAUGCAA